GAAAUUUUGAAAAGAUAUAAGAUUUAGAAAGAUUAAAUAAUAUUUGAAAAAAAUUAGUAGAAUCUUGGAUUAAAUAAAGAAGGAAAAAAAUCAUUUUUUAACUAAAUAUCGGUGGUCAAUUCCGACCGAGAUGGAUGGAGACAAAUUAGUUUAACAAAUUAAAAAGAAAAAUGUUAGUUUUGAAAAGUAAAACUAAGGAGGUGAUAUUCGUGACAAUUUUCUUAAUAUAUUUUCAAUUAGUUUCAAUGUUUGGAAUGUUGGAAUAAAACUAUUAUGUGCCUCGAUGAUCCCACAAGAAACAAAACAUCAUUGGCUUUAUAAAUAAAAAAUAUCGUGGUGGGAAGUUAUCAAGAUAGGUUUCAAUUUUUUGUGAGGUUGAAACAGAGCUAUUGUGUUCCUGUACGUCAUUGUUUCCACAAAGAAACAAAAUGUCUCCUUGGAUGAAUUAAGAAAAAUCCAACUUGGGGAAAAUUGGUUAUUUGAUUUAGAAUUAGAGCUUAUCCAUCUCCAAUAAUCCUUUGCUGACGGAUUCAAGAUUGGCGGAAAGAUCAAAGGUACGCCCAGAGGAACUUUGUAGGGAGAUGGAGACAUUAGUAACAAAACUGCAGCUGGCAGACUCUCUUCCGGUGCCUUGCGUUCAAGAGUUAGCCAAAAGCUCACUGUCGACGGUUCCCUUUCGAUAUGUUCGCCCCGAUCAAGAUCCUCCUUUCGAGUUCACUGACACUUCAGCUGAAGUUCCUGUUAUUGACAUGCACAAGUUGUUGUUCUCCAACAAUUUUGAGGAUUCUGAACUUGAUAAGCUCCAUCAUGCUUGCAAGGAUUGGGGUUUCUUUCAGGUACUUCCAGUUCCAUCUAUCUUUAAACUUUUCAUUAAUAUCAUUCUGUUGAUUCGUUUUCUUUAUGAUCAGGUGAUAAAUCAUGGAGUGAGUGAUAUAUUGGUAGAGAAUGUGAAAUCAGGCAUUCAAGCUCUCUUUAAUCUUCCUAUGGUAGAGAAGAGGAAGUUGUGGCAAAGACCAGGAGAUGUUGAAGGAUUCGGACAGACCUUUGUUGUCUCUGAGGACCAGAAGCUUAAUUGGGGAGAUCUCUUUGGAAUGUUUCUCCUCCCAACUUAUUUGAGGAAACCUCACUUGUUCCCCAACCUCCCUCUUCCAUUCAGAGAUGAUUUGGAUGCUUAUACACUGGAGAUGAAAAAUCUAGGCACGGAACUGUUUGACUUAAUGGCAAAAGCUCUGAAAAUGGACAGUAGCGAAAUGAGAGAGCUGUAUGAGGAAGGAAUGCAGUCAACAAGAAUGAAUUACUAUCCUCCAUGUCCUCAACCAGAACUUGUCAUGGGACUCAAUAACCAUUCUGAUGCUUCAGCCAUUACCAUUCUUCUUCAAGUCAAUGAAGUGGAAGGCCUUCAGAUAAGGAAAGAUGGGAAGUGGAUUCCUGUUAAGCCUCUCUCAAAUGCGUUUGUUGUCAAUAUUGGAGAUGUUUUGGAGAUCUUCACAAAUGGAAUAUAUCGCAGCAUCGAGCAUCGGGCCACAGUGAACUCAACGAAGGAGAGGCUUUCAGUGGCCAUGUUUUUCAGUCCAAGGUUGGAUGGGGAGAUAGGGCCUGCCCCAAGCUUGGUCACUUCAGAAAGACCUGCUUUGUUCAAAAGAAUUGGAGUUGCAGAUUUCCUCGGUGGAUUCUUCAAAAGGGAACUGAAUGGGAGGUCAUAUCUUGAUGUUUUGAGGAUCCAGAAGGAAUAAGACUAAUUAAAACAGGUGCUUGCUUGUUGAUUUUCAGAUCGCAUAGGUCAAUUCUCUUGUCAAGUUAUUAGUUGAUCCGUUAGAUUUGGAUAAUUGUCAGAAAUAAAACGUUGUCGACAUUUUAUUACUUAACGUUUCAACACCUAGUUGUUCGCAAAUUCAAGUGGGUGAGUGGAGUUCUCUACCGUUUUCAUCAAA